AUGGAAUUAGUAGUCGAGACCUACGCCAUCCUUCUCAAACGCUUGGCUGAUGCCGUCUAUGACCUCUUCACCGCUCUGGGAUGCAUCAUGCUGUACAUUACCGUCCUAGCUGCCUUUCCCAACGUCUAUCUGUCAGCCACAUUCUACAUCACUGUGACAUCGAUCAUCAGCCAAGAAGCGGACUCAGACAAUCCGCGUGCAGUGGCGGAAGUGCAAAGUGGCCUCCCUGAUGAAGCUAAUGCUGUUACUGUGGAUGAAUCUCUGGCCGAUAUCUCAAACGGAUUUUCAGCGAGUACUACCGCCAGCAAAGUUGACAGCCAUGUUCACGUCAUUCCAACCGAGUUUGCACCGGCAAUUCCUCCAUACCGCAUGGAUUGCGAGUUCUUCUACAACACGGCUGAUUUGAACCUCCCCGGGAAUUCGAAGCUGCUCCUCGUGGGCAGGCUACAGACGGUGCGGCUUACCAUGGAUGAAUAG